AUGGCGCCGAAGACUGACUUCCCCCCUGUCCGGGCCUGCCUGUUUGACAUGGACGGCCUACUCCUUGAUACCGAGGACAUCUACACCAAGUGCAUCAACACAAUCCUCGCCCGCCACAACCGGCCUAAGAUGCCGUGGUCUGUUAAGGCGAGGCUGCAGGGCCGCCCCAUGCCCGAGUCCAACAAGAUCUUCAUGGCCUGGGCCCAGCUCCCCAUCCCACUCGAACAGUUCCAGAAGGAGAACGCCGCCGAGCAGGUCAAGAACUUUCCCCACGCUAAGCCUCUUCCCGGCGUCGAGGAGCUGCUGGCCACCCUUGACAGCACCCGCUACUGGGAGUCCAAGGACACCGCCAAGAAAGGCGCCAGCACCAAUGGCACCAACGGCACACCCGCCGGCCACCGCGUGCACAUUGCCCUGGCCACUUCCUCGCAGACGGUCAACUUCCACCUCAAGACAGACCACUUGACGGAUCUCUUCUCCGUCUUCGAGUCGCCCCGCCGCGUUCUCGGCGACGACCCUCGCAUCGGUGCCGGCCGCGGCAAGCCUCUGCCGGACAUCUACCUGCUCGCUCUCAAGACCAUCAACGACACCCUCGCGCCCGGUGAACCGCCCAUCACACCCGAGGAGUGCCUGGUCUUUGAGGACAGCGUUCCCGGUGUUGAGGCUGGCCGUCGCGCUGGUAUGCGUGUCGUCUGGGCUCCUCACCCUGACCUCAAGGUCGAGUACGCUGGCCGUGAGCCCGAGGUCCUUGCCGGCACGACUGGCGAGGCUGGCGAGGCCGGUGCGGACACUCCCCCGGGCGAGAUUGAGGACGGCUGGUCGCAGUACCUUCCUACACUCGAGUCGUUUCCUUAUGCCCACUACGGCAUUGUUGUCCCGCCGAAGACGACCGCUUAA